AUGUCAAACUUUGUAGUCUCUUCAUUCGACGGUAAACCAAUUUAUGAUGUCGAAGAAUAUGGAUUGACAAUUAAACCUCAACCAUUUUUAUUAAAAUUAGAUAAAAGAAUUUAA